AUCGGCCGCUUCAGGUCGCUACAAUUUAUUAUCCAACAUUGAAAUUAAAUAAAUGUGAAAAAACUACUUUAGUUUAAAGAAAACAAAUAUCUUAACAAAUAAAAUAAUACAGAAAUAAUUGAGCUGUAGAUUUAUUUAUUAAUCUAUAAAGCAAAAUAUCCACAGGCGAGGACAUAAAAAAAGUAAGAGUUUUUUCUUUCACAAAUCGAAGAAGAGUUUCAAGGUUUAAUAUUAUUCUUGACAAUCGCUUCUAUCACUUGUUAUUAAACGCAAAUAUAAGAAAUCAACAACAAACUAACCUAACAAUUAAAUAAAAAACAAACAAGGAAUUAAACAAAAUACUGCGGACAUAUUGACUUAUAAAUUCAAGAGGAAACAAAAUAUCACCAUAUAUCAGACACGAACUCAAAACUAAACAUCAACAAAACAAAAAAAAAAACAUUAACAAAAUGUCGAAUCCAUCAUCUUUAAAUGCAAUCAAUAAGAUUCACAUCAACAGUUCAACAAAAAUGACACUAAGUGAUCGCUUUACAGCGUUCUCCGCACAGCCCAAAAUCAAUCCGAGAACUACACGCCGGGGCAUUGACAGUCCAGUGAGUCGUGUGGCUUCCAUAGCAAAUCGAAGACUACUCAAACAAUUGGCCCAGAAGCACACAAUGGAAGCAGCAUUAAAACUUAAAAGAAGAAGCAUGAAGACUAGAUCAGCACCAACCGCUGCAUUCAAACGGGUUAAUAACGGUCAGCCACUUAAACGUGGAACCAUAAAAGCCCUGCGUCUAGGACCUAAUGGAAGGCCACUUAAGGCAAACAGCAUUUCAAAUGUCGCAACAAUGGAAGCUGACUUGAUGGGACGGCCGACGACUUUGAGGCGAUCGAACUCAGUCACAAGAAUAGCAGACCGUAUUGGAGGAAAACGCCCUCAAGGGGCUAGAUUUCCUCGCCGAGCUGGUGCUCGCCCUGUUUGGGGUACGGCUUCUGUAUUGAAUUCUAAUCGCGAACCACUACCGCCAGCACGCAUGCGAUCCAGGAGUCGCUCUAGAACUAGGCAACCCGUUUUGCUAUCCCCACGAUUAUCCCAGCCAGGGGUAUCGGGUCGAUUGGCACGAGGUCGUUCUAAUAGUCGCUCUCGCCCAAUGGUCCGCAGUCGUUCACGAUCUAGAAAUGAUCGUAUGAACAGAAUGACCGAAGUCCGCGGUGCAAAUGCACUUCCGAUUACCAGCCGUUUGGGCAGGCGACAAGGAGCUGCGGGUGCACGAACUCGAUCCGCUAGCCGUGCGGGCACAAGCGUCGCAAGACGGCCAUUAAGAGGGGGUGUCGCCUCCGGGCGUAUUCAAAAGAGACGCAACUCUGUAAAGGCUGUAAGGGCCAACGGUGGUGCUACCUUGGCCACCCGUAGUGGCGUGCAAAGCAGAUUAAGUCGCCCUAAAGGGAGAUUAGCAGCAGCUGCCACUAAUCAGAGGUUGAAUAGGUCAGCUUCUAAGAGAGGCAACGCAGCACGUGGACGUGCUCGUUCAAGGAGUCGUGCUGACAACAGACCUUUACAGAGAAGUAAUUCCGCAGCCAGAGGCGGCGCCGCCGUAGCAAAUAGGCAAAGGGGUGGAGGAGCUAAACGUGGUCGUACUGCAGUCCGCAACAUUGGAGGACGUAGAGGUCGCAGCCAGCAAAGAGGAGGAGCAACAGCCGGUGGAGCCCAACGAAAUGGCAAUGGUCAACAACAGCGACGCGGCCGUAGCCGCAGCCGAGGACGAGGAAGUGCUCGUGGUGGACGCCAACUAGGUAACGAUAAGCCAGACGUUAAAAAAGAAGACUUGGACAAGGAACUCGAUCAAUACAUGUCGAGCACAAAAUCCUCCGAUGGAUUAUUUACCUAAAUGAUGAAAUUAUUGUAAGAACUCUCUUCAAAUCAGAAAUAAGGAAUCCAAAGAAGAUUUUUAGUUUCGAAAAUGUGUUUAGCUGUUUUAUAUAAUUAAGCUAAGUUUUUUAAGUAACUUAUCUCGAUUUGUAUAUUAUUUUCACAUAAGUAAUAACUGAAAUUUUAGUUCACUCUAAGAACUUGAUGGAAUUUAAUUAAUCUAAUUUUUAUUACAAUUUGUUACAGUAGAGAUAUAAUGAUGAUUACUUUUGUACUGACUUCUCAUUAAAACUUUGAAAAGUUAAAUUAUUUGAACUGAUGUAUAUUAAUUAAUAAGUAAAUAUAAAUAUAUUAUGGAUAAUUAAGAGAAGCAUA